AAAAAUACUAGACCGAUAGUCAAAAAUGUUGUUAGCUUGCGAUAACCGGUCAGUGAGUCCGAUAACGAGUCUUGAGCUCAUAUGGUAGAAAAUAGCAAGACCGUGAACCGUGGGAGAGAUAACGUAUACUAUUUUGUAAGCGACUCGUUAAUGCAGCCGGUAGUUCGUACCGAGUAAAUAUAUAAGUCGUUAUGAUCGAAUGACAGUGUGAAAGAGAUUAGAUAAGCUAUGUCCGUCUGCAUGUUAUCGUAUAACUCCAUUGUUACUGUUGAAAAAUAUCAUCAGCGCACAAGGUAUCUGCUAACUUGGUCAGACAUAUCCGCAUUGUAAGUGUUCGUUUCAAUGAAAACAAUUUCAAUCGCUGACGGGUGGCAGCAGCGAAUAUUUCGAUUACCAGAUAUACCUAUAGGUAUGAACCGUGAUAGCCGCUGGUGAUUGAAGUACGUUGAAAACAAUGAUUCGACGUUCAGAUCACGAGGCGAGACGUGAUCAUCAUUUUGAAAAUGACUUCCUUGUUUAGAAACCAGGAAUGUAAAUCUUCGACGACGUUGCAACAGCUGAUUAAAGAUUGAUGAAUAUUGAUACAAUAGCAACUGUACGUACAUAUAGUUAGGUACACAUUGAACCAGAUUAAUUUCAGGUUUUGGACUGAUAAUCUUUCUCAAAUGAAAUAUAAUACGUCUUGUGAAAUCGUGGGAGCGCCGCGUAACUUACAAUAAGUUGGAUCAACACCUCUGAUCAGCCGAGAAAAACUUGGGUCGCUAUUCAAGUGUCGAGUUUACUUGAAAAUACUCGAAGUCAUGAAUCUAGUAUACCCCGAUUGGCUGAACGAAGAGUUCGUGCUAAAAAUUUUACGACUUGCCGAGAAAGACGAUUCGGUCAAGGUGACAUCAAUCCAUUUAUCACCGGCUACGAAACGAGGUGACAAUUACACCAGUCUGAUGUAUCGAGUGACCGCAAAGUUCAAAAGUCGAAAUUUUCCUUCGACCAUUAAAUCUGUAGUCGUUAAACACAAACCCGAUUCGGAUUGCGAAAUUGAACUACAAGAUAUCGAGGGCCGGUUCAAAGCAGAGGCCUCCAUGAUGACGGAUACUCUGGUCGAGAUGAAUCAUUUGCUCUCCAACGAACCAGCGCUGAGUGCGAAGGCAUAUUUCUGGCAAGAAAAAAAUCCCGUGAUCCUCGUCCUGGAGGAUCUCGUAUCCAAAGGAUUUCGUAUGGUGAAUCGUUACGAGCAACUUGACUUCGAUCAUUCGCUUUUAGCAAUCCGCAAUCUUGCCAGAUUUCACGCUAGUUCGUUCGCGCUCGGCGAGAUCAAUCCGUCGGCUAUUCGAAGAUACACCAGCGGUUUUUUCGCCGCCGAUCAAUUGCCAGUGUUUUGGCAAUACUUCGAAAAGAGCCUCCGGUGUUUAACGGGAAUUAUAGCGGACAUGCCGGAAUUGGGACCGAGGUACGCGGAAAAGAUUUCAAAAUUAGAACCUCACGCGACGAGAAAAGCGAUGGAGGUAUCGACCUGCGAUCCGAAAGAAUUCAACGUCCUUUGCCACGGUGAUCUCUGGUCAAACAACAUGCUCUAUCGUUACGAUGAUCAGGGGAAACCAAUCGAGCAUAUAUUCGUGGAUUUUCAGUUGCCCAUUUACAACUCUCCGGUUUGGGAUAUCACUUACUUCUUCUCUACCUGUCUCCCCGAUGACGGCGUUCGGCAGAAUUUGCUGCUCGAGUAUCACGAAACUUUGAAAUCGACGAUGCGUCGACUCAAAUGUCGAACUGCGACCCCGAGUUUAGAGGAGUUUGAAAAAAAGAUCCAAGAACGGAAAUUUUUAGAAGUUGCAGUUACGUUGCUGAUGUUGCCUAUCAUUCUCGCCCGGGGUGAUGAAAUCAAGGAUCUCAAUGACCUGGAGAUAGUGUCAAAGGAUUUCAACCCACCGUGCUUACGUUCUGAACUAUUCCUCAAUAUUUUGAAACACAGGAUGCCCGUAUGGGACGAAAUUGGUCUCCUUGAUAUCGACCGAAAUGUUAAGAACUAUGAGGUGUGAUGGAGGAACCUGAGGCGUUUCGGCGUUUCAAUAAAUAUGUAACCCUCCGUUUAAGCUACCGAGAUGAACUGUCCGACUAUAAAAGUGAAGGGUUAUAGCGUGGAUGGGAGUUAUACUCCUUUUUUUUGUCACCCAAUUUAUCUUUGCUGCAGUUCAAACUGCAGGGAUGGGGAGUGAAAUAAAUUCAUUUCAAAUUCA